AUGUCUGAGUCGAGUACAAUUAAGCACCCAGGUAAUACUGUGAGAUCAAGAAAUAUUAUAACCGUAUUCAAUAGUAUAUUAAGAAACCUUUUCAGCUCUCCUCCUGAUUCAGAUAAAGAGUACAAAUCUGCAACAAAUGAAAUAUUUUACCUUUUAAAUAGAGCUAUAUUACUUUCGAUUUUCUUUUUCCUUGCAGUUUAUAAAAAUAUUCAGUACCUUUUCCGUCGAAUGGGUCUGAGAAUACUGACGUUGGCAUACUAUCCUUCGAAAACACCUCAGUUGAUUAGAGAAGACGUCAGCAAAUUAUCCAAAAUACCGAAAAGAGUGUCGUGUAUCUUAGACCUUAGAGAUGAUGAGGAUGAAAAUGGAGGCGUAGAUGGGUUAAUAAGUGAUAUCAGCGAGUUGACUGCAUGGUCCAUAUCUGCAGGCAUACCUAACUUGACUAUAUAUGAAUUCAAUGGGACUGUAACGGAUUACUUACCAACGUUACGUCGCUACAUUAAAAAGAAUUUGUCAAUAUACUUUGGUACUGACGCUAUCCCCAUAUUCUCAAUUUGGGUUCCUCAUGAAAAUAUAAUAAUAUAUAGCACAGACGAAAGUCAAACGGUCCACCCUUCAUCUCCACCUCCGCAUCAAGUCGAUUUGAAGAUCACCAUAUUAUCUAGGGUAGACGGUAAACCAACUAUCGUAGAGCUAACCAAAACCAUGAGUGAAUUGGCAUUGAACUUGGAGUUGAGUGUCAAGGAUAUUACCACUGAAUUGAUAGAUGAAGAAUUGGUUACAUUAGUUGGCCAUGAACCUGACUUAUUGUUGAGUUUUGGUCCCUCUUUAGAUCUUCAAGAUUAUCCACCUUGGCAUAUUAGACUUUCGGAGAUCUACUGGGAACCGGAUAACAUGUACGUUGAUUAUGCAGUAUUUUUGAGAGCAUUGCAAAAGUAUUCGAACUGUAAGAUCAAAUUGGGGAAAUAA